CCCUAAUCCAGAAGCACUUUUCUACAAAAGCCAAUGGAGCUCCCUUGGCCUUUCCAACCCCACUCUCCUCUCUCAGUUAUCAUGUCUCUGAAAGCACCCCAUCUGAAACUCUGAAACUAAAUCCCCAAAACCCCAGCAAUAGCUUAGCUCAAACAUCAUGUCUACAACAAUGGCCAAACCCAAAAGCCAAAGAAAACCCACCAAGCCAACCCACCAAAAGAUCAAGAAACAGAAUCAAAACCAGAACCAGAAUCCCCAAAAUAAGCCAGAGAUCAAACCACCCUAUUGGGCUGUUGUAAGAGGCUUACUGACUUGCAAACAUCUCCAAGCAGUUCAGCUACUACAACAAGAAGGUAAGCAUCACCCACAGAAACAACAAAGUGAGCAACUAGCAGCCAUGGAGGAAUCCAAGAAAUGCAAGAAAAUGAGAUGCUCUGGCUCAUUAUGCAGCAACACAAAAAUCACACACCGGCCUGAGCUAGGAUCUCCUGAAAUCCACAAGAAAAGAGCUUCUUCAAUGGGCUGCUCCUCUAGCAGCACCAAUGAAACUUCAAGCAGAUCCAUGAAGGCUCCUCUGCAUGAGCUCAAUGGAGUUGUCUCUACCUCUUCUUCUUCACUAUCCGCAUCUUCAAACAUCUCAUCUGCUGGUGGGUCAUUCAGAGCAAUGCCUUUCAGAAGAUUCUCAGGUUGCUAUGAGUGUAGAAUGGUGGUUGACCCAGUUCUUGGUUUCACCAGAGACCCUUCUCUUAGGGGAAGCAUUUGUUCAUGUCCUGAAUGUGGUGCCAUUUUCAUGAAAGCCGAAAACCUGGAGCUUCAUCAAGCUGUUAGGCAUGCAGUUUCCGAGCUUGGUCCAGAGGACACGAGCAAGAACAUAGUGGAGAUCAUAUUCCAAUCCAGCUGGCUCAAGAAACAAGCCCCUAUCUGCAAGAUCGAUCGGAUCCUAAAAGUCCACAACACACAGAAAACCAUCUCCAAAUUCGAAGAGUACCGAGACUCCAUCAAAGCCAAAGCCACCAAGCUGCAGCUCCCGAACAAGAAACACCCACGUUGCAUUGCCGACGGCAACGAGCUUCUCAGGUUCCACUGCACCACCUUCGACUGCUCUUUGGGCCUCAACGGCUCCUCCAACCUCUGCAACUCCAUCCCAAGCUGCAAUGUCUGCAGCAUUAUCAAGAACGGCUUUAAAGUUGAUCGGAGUGAGUUGGCCGGAAGUAGUGAGAUUCUGACAACGGCGACAAGCGGGAGAGCGCAUGACAUGGCCGAGGUGGCGGCGGAGGACGGCCGGAGGGCGAUGCUGGUGUGUAGAGUGAUAGCUGGGAGAGUGAAGAAAAAUGCGGAUGGACAAGGUGGCGGUGGCGGUGGUGGUGGGGUGGAAGAGUACGACUCGGUGGCCGGAGCUGUGGGGGUGUAUUCGAAUUUGGAUGAGUUGUAUGUGUUUAAUCCCAAGGCUAUUUUGCCUUGUUUUGUUGUCAUAUAUGGAGGGUUUUAG